AUGAAACAAACCCACUUGACGAUUCUAACUCCCUACGGCGUUUUCUUUGACGACCCGGUUCCGAUCGUGACGGUCAAAACAACCCGCGGUUACAUCGGCGUUCAAGCGGGUCACACCCCGCUUGUGGCGGCCUUAGACAUCGCCCAAGCUAGCAUCGGACUUGAAAAAAGUCGUUCCCACAAAGUCUUGGCUCUCGGCGGGGGCUUGAUGCGAGUUGACGCCCACGGCGUGAAGAUCGUCACCCCCGCGGCUGAGUUUAAAGACGCGAUCGAUCUCAAACGAGCCGAGACAGCUCGGGUUGACGCUGAGAAAAGACUGCGCGAGGAAAAACUUUCCACCAGUCAGCAAAUUCGUUACACUUUCAAAUUGGAACGAGCGCUCAACCGGAUUAAAGUUGCGCGCGGAGAGUAA